AAAUGCACCCAUUUUGUAAUUGGCUACAUUGAAUUCUUUGAAUUGUGUUGACCAAUUAGAAAUCAGGAAAUAUCGCACUCGAUUAGCAACACUGCUUCCAACGGCUCACUACCAAUUUAAAUAACGACUUCAGUCGUGUUGUCAGAACGUCCGUAUGUAUUGUGGAAUUUAUUGUUGAAAUUAACUUACGCUAUGUCUCAUCUCCAACAACAGUACAAGAAUCCGCGCCAAGGAUUCGGUGAUACGGAUCAUGGUAGAAUUAUACGUGCGUACAAACAAGAGAAAUCACGUAAAGAAGUUAGAACACAGGAUUUUGCUAAGAAUCGUAAAUUACAAGAUGUAUCUGUGCCUCCUAGUCCACAACGUGUGGAAAACAUACCUACAAUUACAGACGAGCGUGCGAAAAAAUUAAUGAAAUGGAAAGAAGAACGUAAUAGGAAAAGAAGAUUACAGGAUGCCAAGAAGAAACCUGUGUUUAAAGUUGGUAUUGUCCAUCAUGCAUUGUAUUCUCCUGUAACUAAAUGUAAUACUGCAUUAACUGUAACUGCAAAAUCAUCUAACCAAGUAAAAUAUCAGAAUGAUAUUCAAAAGAGAAUAACAAGAGCUACAGAAAAGAGGUUGCUUGCUAAAGCAGCAGCUAUGAAAGUGACUUCAAAAAAACCUCUGGAUAUCAAAAGAUCUAUAUCUGAUACUAAAAUCCAAAAGUCAUUUGCUCCUGAUAGUCACAAAUUUAGACCACCAUCUGGACUAUCCAGAUUACCCUUGUUUGGUGUUGUAGCAAUAGAACAAACACCAUCAGAAAAAGGAGAUUUUUUUGAAAACAAAGAUUGUAAAACACAUGAUGCAAAUAAUCAAAAACUUAUAUUAGAAAAAUUAAACUCACAAAAUAUUAUUGAUCUUAAUAUUGAUACUACAGAUCUCAAAACUUUUGAAAAUUCAAAUUUGUCAUCAGAUAAACAAGAGUUAAGUGAGUCAAUAUCUAAUUUAAAUACCACAUUUGAAAUAAAUAAAAUAACUGAGUUAUCAAAUGAACAAAAUGUACAAGAAUUCCUUCAAGGAAAAUCUUUAUCAAGUGAUGUUGGUAAGGAAACUUCAGUACAAAAGACUCCUGUAACUGAUACAUCUUCCAAAAAAGAAGAUUAUAGUGAGGACCUUAUUUUGUUUUCACCAUAUCUCACAUUAAGUCGUGGUAAAAAAAAUGCUAGAAAGGAGCAAAUGUUACGACUUGGCAUUAGUCCUUCUCCAUCUGAUGAUAUUCCAACCAAAGAUACAGUAAUAAAAAAUUUAAACAUAUCUAUUCAAGAAGAAGAACGUACUGCUCAGUAUUUCAAACUCCUUUUAAACAAGGAAAUAAACAGACUUAAAGAGCUUUGUACAAAAUGGUUAGAAAUUCAGCUAGAAAAAGAUGUUCCAGAAGAUGCUAAGUAUGAAAUAAACCAAGCAAUAGGACAGACCAAUUUAUUAAUAAAUAAAAAAUUUGAAAGAUUUCGUGGUCUAGUAUCGGAUUGUGAAACUGGUAAGGGACAAAUGUUAGUUACAUGCAAAGAUUUGCAAGGAUUUUGGGAUAUGACAUAUAUGGAAGUUAGGGAUUGUGACUCGCGUUUUGAAAAACUGGAGCAGCGUCGUAAUAGAGAAUGGCAAGAAAUGCAAUCCACUAUUGACAAGCCUGUAACAAAAAAACGAAUGACUAUUAAAAAACAAAUUGUAUCAAAGCCAAGUUCACUGCGAACAUUAAUCUUAGCUGCCAGACGAAAGAAAAUGGAAGAAGCAUCAAGUAUGAAAGAUACAUUGCUGCAAAAUACGAAUAUAAAUAAAGACCAUCUUAUAUCUCCAUUGAAUAAUAAAAAGUCUAUAAACUUUAAAGAAAACACCAAUACUCGAUAUAGUACAAGGAAAUCCAAAUCGAUAGAUUGCAAUGAUUUUAAAUUGACUCCUGUCAAACACGAUAGUUGUAAGGCAAGUUGGAUAAAACUUGAGAAAGUGCAAUUUUCUGAUACAAUCAAGAAAAUAAGGAGUCCAUUGGCAAUCAUGAAAAUAAGCCAAAUGUGUAAGACACCAGAAAUUCAAUUGGAUGACACGAUAUCAUAUAUUAAUUCUGAUCAAACACCAAGCAGAAGUAUAUUAAAAAAAUCGGAAGAAAUGAUCGAUAAAGAGACUCGCAUGAAAUCUGCACAUAAAGUUAUUUUCGAUGAUCAGAUAAACUUGACUGAAGUACCUAAUCAUGAAGAAACACAGACUAGCAAAAGUUUAGCUGCUGCAUUAAACAGAAUAGACAGUCUUGAUUUGGAUGACUCAAGCCCCGAAAGAUGCAUUAAUGCUGAAAAAAGACUGAAUUUUGAAACUGAAGACAGUUCAGAUAAUGCUGAAUUUUCGCCGUCUGAAGUGCAAAAGCAACUUAAAGAGUAUAAAGACGCAUUUGGAUCAUCUGUUUUGAAUGCCUUUGAUUCUAAUGUAGAUCUAUUGAGCGAUAUAACAUCUGUAAUAUCUUCUAAAGAAAUAUCACCAAAGGUUGAUGUGAAUACCAAGUCACCUAGAAAAAGUGUGAGACGUCGACAGGAACUUGAUUUAGAAAUAAGGACACUUAGAAAUAGGAUUAUUAUAACAAAUGACACCCCAAAAGUUAAAAGGAGGAGCAAAAUGCUGACUCCAAAGAAAGCAAGUGUUGGUAAGAAGAAAAAUGAGAGGACUGAGGAAUCAAACAGGAGAAAGUCGUUAAAAUUAUUACAAACAGAUAAAGAUGAUUAUAUCCAAUCAGAUGAAAAUAAUGCAGAGAUUAACGAUCUAUGUGUUCAUAAGAAGAAAAGAUUAACUCGAAAAAGUGUUGCAUUUGAUGCCGAAUCAUGCUUAGUCUCCACUGAAAAUAAACCAGUCUUACCUAUGACUCCUCAUUCGAAACGAAUGACACCAUCGAGAAAAAGUCGAAGUAAACAUGAGUUUGAUGAAAAUGUGAUAUUGCAGGAAACACCAAAACCUCUUGGCCGAGUUACGAGAUCUUACAUGAAAAAUUAAAUCUGUCUAGCAUUCCCAUUUUAACUAUAAAUUAAAUAUCUUUAAUGAGAUGUUACAUUGUAUGCUUAUUUUAUAUUGAACUUAUUAGAGAUUGUUUACUGUAAGUGUAAUUAUAUAAAUUGUAUUUUUUAAUUGGUAUUACGAUAAUUAAUAUUAUAUUGUAAGAGAAUA